AUGCUUAGUGAAGUGCCGCUGACAGCUGCAGCACCCUCACACACUGUGGCUUCUGUGAAACCCGACUCUUGCGCCUUGUACUCACGCCGCUGCCCCGCUCGCGUUGCCCAUCAUGACUUUGGACCCUCCAGGAGCGCGGCCGCAAAUGCUGACACUGCAGCAUCAGCAGCAGAGAAGGUGCGAGUGCAAGCAGGACCCGGCGCGGCACCGGCAGCGUCCCCCUUCAAGCCGGGCGAAAAGCUGCCCCCGCGGACUCGGGAGAGGAGAGCACAGCUGAAAGCCGUGAAUGUCGUGGCUGUGAUACCGGGGAGGCUGAGCUGCCCGGCCGCAGUGCUGCCCCUUGCUGUGCAGUGCCAGGCUGACGGCCGGCCCAGGGCCAGCUACCGCGGGGACCGGGCACCGGGACCACGCCUCGCCCCCCGCCUCGCCUCGCCUCGCCUCGCCCCGCCCCGCUGCGCCGCUCACGCCGCUGCCGCCGCUCCGCGCAGCCGGUGGCAGUCGCGCCGUCCUCCGGCGGUUACCUAUCUCCGCUUAUUCACUCGCGGCGCGACCCGCCUGCAGGGAGGGUGUGUGUCCCGUCCUGCCAGACGACGCUGCGCCCUUGUCUCGCGGCUGCAAGCUGGCCAGCGUGCUCAAUCCCUGUAUCCAAUGGAGAUAAUGAAUUCAGAAAGUGAAUUCAGAAUUCAGAUACUUGACAGUUCACAUCAGUAUUCCCUGCAAACUCAUGCUAUCACCCAGCCAAGAUCAAACUGGUUUUUACUGAGAAAAGACCAUCUUGCUGGAUGAGCCCUGAAGAGAUUUAAAAGAUUGAGAAGGGCUUGUUUCCUUUUCGUGCCUCAGACAUACUGACUAGAGUGAACACAAGGUUGAGCAUACAAUUUUUCAGACACAGCAGAUAUGAAGAAACUUUUUCAAGAUGUUUUGCAGCAAGUGUUAGGUCAUAACCAAAUUGUUUCUUGAAUUAUACAUGUGUCACAUGCAUCUGGGAUGGACAUUGAACAUAUUCCAAUAUCAUGCAAUUGUGUUUCCCUUAUUUAUCUGUAAAAGCAAGUGUUGUAUGUUCUCCUCCUCAGCUUAGAAUGGCUCCCUGGAGAAAGGAGAGACAACUGUCUGCCAUCUUUUCUGCUUCAGCAUUUUUGGGGCUGUGUUACACUUCACAUGUCUUGUGGAGAUGCUCUGCGGAUCUCCUUUGCCCAGGGAGGUGGUGGAGUCUCCUUCUCUGGAGAUGUUCAAGACCUGCCUGGAUGCCUACCUGUGCUACCUGAUGUAGGGAACCUGCUUUGGCAGGGGGGUUGGACUCGAUGAUCUCUGGACGUCCCUUCCAACCCCUGCAAUUCUGUGAUUCUGUGACAGGAAGAUCAGGGUUUGUGGGCCCUGUGGCCUGGUCUUUUUUCUUCAUCUUGCUAAUGAUGAGUUAACAAGACAAGGUGACAUUUAUCCAAGCCUUCUGAGAGGAGGGCUGUCUAAUGCUAUCAUGACAAAAGAGAGCUACUGAGCUUUUUUUACUAUGUAAUUCUGAUUACUAUUUUUAUAUCCUGAUUUCAUUAAUAGUUUUGUGAUGGGUUCUACCUGUUAUAAAGUAGACAAGGCAACGUAUUUAUCCUCCUCUUGGCUAUACAUUUAACACUAUGUGGAACACAUAGCUAACAUUUCCAAAGUCACUAGCAGCAUCUAGAGAUCCUUACAUUUAUUUCCUGCAUUGCAACUCCAGCAUCUGACACUACCCUGCAAUGUGAAAUGAUGUACAGAGUCAAU